AUGGUUGACCGACCGCAGUGGCGAAAACAUUGUGCCACAGGCCUGAAUACAUGGUGGGCAUUGAAGCGACAAAGAACAAGCUCGAACACUCCGAAAAAUGAUGAAAAUGUUCAUGUUGCAGAUAAUGUCCGAGUCUGCGGUGCAUCAAGUGAAGAAUCCCAAUCGAGUAUUGUUAGCAAGCCUUUCUCGCGAGUCCCUUUCUCAACUGCCGAGAAUACAUAUUCAAUUCAAAGCCCCCUGCCAAAGCCACAUCUUUACAAAGUGACCUGCAAGGACAUUGAAGACGAGGAUGACUUAAUUGGCAUCCGGGGUGUGCACUGGAAAGAAAUGGAUCAAACUGAAUUUCUUCUCGAAGACAUCUUUGAUGAGUCACUAACAGAUGUUUCUCACCAGACCAACAGCGCCAGUCACGAUGACGUUGUUUCUGAUGUUGGAUCGGGAGAUGAUGAAACAGAUGCUGAGAGUGACAUUGAUGGGAAUCAUGGAGGAGAUGGGGGUACCCGAGACCAUUCUUUCGAGCUCAGAAAGCCACCCACUGUCGAGGAAGCCAGGAAGGCAUUAGAUGAGCUAAGGACAUUGUUGAAGCCCCCUCGACGUGAUCAGACAGGUUAUCGUGACCCGAAACACCCCCCAAUCUUAAAGGAGAGGCUCAACCACAUGAGAAGCUUUCUCUGGCUAUACACAGAUGUUGGGAGUGAUGGGAGGGCACAUUCUGCAAAUUCAGUGGGUGGUCAUUGGGGUAAAGCAGCUGACCGUGCAGCCUGCAAUGCUCAAGCAGGGAAAAAAGGAGAACUUUACCUCUCGCGUUGUCUACGAACUUGGUCGAAGGCAUACAUCAAGGACCGAGAUGCACUGCCUCUUUGUGCACCCCGACGUUCGGAAUUAAAGCUCCACCUUCAAAGUGUAGGGAAGUUCGAACCAAAGGGGCAAUAUUCUGAUGGACACGAACGUGACGACAUCAUUCACUAUCGUCAAAAUGUGUUCCUACCUGGGUGGAAUCGCUACCACACACAAAUGCGCCAGUGGACGGACAAGAAUAUCUCUACGGCGGUACAGGUUCUGACCGAGUCUUCAUCUUUGACUGGCCGUCGAGUUGUGCACUGGUUUCACGAUGAGUCGACAUUUUAUGCAAAUGAUCGGAGAAAGCAGCGCUGGGUCCACAUUAGUGAAGGGGCUGUACCACUUCCCAAAGGAGAGGGUGCUUCUUUAAUGGUCGCCGAUUUCGUCUCUGCAGAUUAUGGUUGGCUUCGUUCCCUUGAUGGAAAGGAGAGUGCACGUAUUCUGUUCAGAGCAGGAAAGGCACGAGACAGAUAUUUUACCAAUGAUAAUAUCCUCGCACACGCCGAGAAAGCAAUGGAUAUUCUGUUGAGAGACUACCCCAACGAAGACCACAUCCUCAUGUUUGACAAUGCCACUACUCACCGCAACUGCGCGCUGAUGAUGCGCUACGCCAAUGGAAAACCUCUUGUGGCUGCUGAUGGUAAACCAGUCAAGAAAUGCAUUCGGAUGGCUGACACAUGCCUCAUUAACGGCGAUACACAGCCGCUUUAUUUUCCGGAGGGGCACGAAAAGGCAGGAUGGUUUAAGGGAAUGGUGCAUCAGGAAAAAUGGUAUUUGCACUAA